CUUGAGUUAACAUGUCUAUAAACCUUUGGACACCAAUCCUAUGGCAAUAUCAAUAGCAUUAGCUUAACUCUAAACGCGAUUUAUGUUUUGGAAACAAUUCGCGUAGUUUGCAUAGCCUUUAAACAUUGAUAAAGUUUAUUCAGUUCACUGUUUUUCUCUAUUUCAAUGCUUUCAGCACCACUUAUGUGUUAUAAAGAUAACGAGGAUCGUUAUGAUCGGUCUGUGACUUUGGCCAGCCAUGAGGUCGACAUUGAGCAAACGCACGUAGACUAAGAACACUGUUGUUGAGGCCUUGAUGUUCUGUCAUUGGUGUUCUGCGGACCACAGUUUACUUUGGCUGUUUCUAUGCGGUAAAUUAAGACCAGCUUGAAAUCAAAGAGGACGACCAACUGAAAGCGUGAUGUCUGCCAAUUUCAGUGAGCUAGAAGAAGGAAAUGCUCCUUCGUGUCCUUUCCAUAACGAUUCCUCGUUGGAGAAGAUUUUAAAGACAUUCGCAUACUGUGUUAUGCUUCUCCUCGCUCUGUUCGGAAACAUUUUUCUUGUUUGUGUUGUGUACAGCCAACGCAGACUACGAACAACAACAAAUUUUCUGAUAUCCAACAUGGCUAUAAGUGACCUUCUGGUGCCGGUGUUCGCAAUGCCGAGAACUAUUGUGGAAAUCCAUUUAGGGUUACGUCGAUGGCUCUUCACUAAUACCCUAGGUUUAGCUUUAUGUAAAGUUAUCUACUUCUUACAAGACGUUUCCACGGCUGUUUCAGUACUCAGCCUGUCGUGUAUAACACUCGAUCGAUUUUACGCCGUCGUGCGACCACAGAGUUCAACUCCUAUUAAAGGCUAUGUUCGGACGGUUAUAGCGAGUAUAUGGAUCAUAGCCAUGUUAAUGCAUGCUGCAUAUUUCUAUGCCUUCCAACUCGUAACUGUCAAUGACGUCACUUACUGCAUCCUCCUUUGGCCUUCGACAGUGGAUCCAAUUGCCACCAAGAUCUUCUUUUUGACACUCAUCAUACUACUCUACUUUAUUCCAUUGAUACUGAUAAUCGUUUUACAGUGGUUCAUCGUCAAGAAGCUGAAAAAACAGCGGCUUCCUUCGUUCUCGUCGUCGUUUCGCCAGAGAAAACGAGGGAAAAGAAAUAAAAAAGUGGUACAUUUUACCCUGGCGGUGAUUGUGACUUUCUUUAUCUGUUGGACACCGACAGUAGUUUAUUCAUUCAUUGUCAUUUUCGGAGAGACAACCAAUUGUAUUCCAGAGCUUUUUCGCUUCUCUUCUCUUUUCCUUGUCCAAUCUAACUCGUCUAUUAAUUUUUUUAUUUAUUUUCUCUUUAAUGAUAAUUAUCGUAAUACAUUUAAGAAGAUUUUCUGCCACCGUGAUGGGUUCAUGAAGACUCUACGGCAGAGUGGAGCCGUACAGCUCACGGCGGAACGCAAGAGAGCGCAUUCUAAAACUCUUUCUCUAGAUUUAUUACCAGAUAAGAAUUACAGAUUAGCAGAAAACAUGACGCUUAAAUCACCAGAUAUAGCCGUCCAUGUCACAUCUACUGAACAUUGUUUAGAAUGUAGUGCGAUUAGGACGAAUGACAAGCAAAGAAAUGGGACAAAUGUAAUAGAAAAGAGGAUGGGAGUGGAAGAAAUGGGCGAAGGAAAGAACAGUUGUAAAGGAGAUAAAAAAGCGGACAGAUUUGAAGACAUAAGUUCAUUACGAUUGGAAGAAAGUAUCGAAACGAAGGAAUCCCCUGCAACUCUUGCGGAGUUAAAAUUUCAAAGACAGUCAAGUAAAAAAUUGGAUUUGGAUAUAAAUCCAUGUGUUGCACUGCAAACAAACGCUACACAUGUUAUGGGGAACGGAAAUGCGGUUAAUUGUGAAUGUUUCGCUGCACUAAAAAACACUUGAUYAUAAUACAAAAUGAAGUAGCUGUCAAACACAUUCUUUAGAACCGUUUUGGAUAAAAUUAAAGGAAGAGAAACGAACAAAU